AUGAGUUCUAGCUGGUCAGUGGAGGUUGAAACCAAAUCCCCAGCGGCGGCUGUCUUUAAGGCCACUUUCAUUGACUGGGAUAAACUCGGUCCUAAGCUCAUCCCUGAGCUUAUCACUGAUGUUACUUUAAUCUCCGGAGAUGGUUUCUGUUGUGGAGGGCGGACAUUUGGGCGCACCAAACUUGAGUCUGCAACUCCACACAUCAAGGUGGAGCCGAAGGGAAACGAGUCUAUUGUUAAGCUCACAACGACAUAUAAAGCCAUCGCGGGCGCUGUUGUUGCAGAGGACAUCAAGAAGGGCAAGGAAGGUUUCAUCAAGAGCGUGAAGGCUGUAGAGGAAUAUCUUGCAGCCAAUCCUGGAACCUAUGCAAAAAAAUCUUAA